AUGCAUAAGACCUCUACACCACUGCCAUCAAGCCAGCAUGGAUCUGGGCUAAAACUGCUGAACGCAAAGGAUGUAUCUCUUCAGCCUCUGACGGGGUUCGAGAGCAAAGGUGAACGCCACGUCAAGAGCAGCUCGUUGCACAACAUCUGGUUCACUGGUGAAAUUAAACAAUGGAACAGCUUUGAGGACGAGGUUCUGGGUCAUUUUUCGAGCGUUCGUUGGGACCGACAUCAGGAGAUUAUUGCCUACGGCCCUCCUGACGCCGGAGUUAGUGAGUUUCAUAUAGACGCAAGGGAUCACUACGUCUGUGGUGAGGAGCUUUCCAUCAGCGGACGAUUCGUCCAGCACGCUCUCCAGCCUAUGUCCGCUGUCAGCAAGAUCCUAGGACUUGAAAUGGUGUUUGGAGACUGGAAAGCCACCUCGAGAAACAGGGUCGAUUUCGUUCCAGCAGCAGAGGUUGAUUACCCCACAGAAAAACCGGAGAUACUCGCAAAUAAAGGCAAAGGCAGAGCGGACGCGCCAAACCUGAGUGACGAUGUCUUAGGUGUUCGAACCAGAAAAUCCUUAGUCCCUGACUAUGCCUUGAUGGUAGAGGCAAAUGGUACACCACGAGCCGUCGGGGAGGCAAAAACACCAUGGAACCACAAUUUCAUGGCUGUGUGGGAAGAGAUCAUAGAUGAUCCAGCGGAACCCAAAUUUUUGGCGAGCCAAACCCUAGGCCAAAUCGGAAACUACAUGAUUGAACUUGAACUCAAGUUUGGGUUUUUAACCAACUACCAACAUACCUUCUUCCUUAAGAGAGAAGUGAAUAAAGACGAGAAAGAAACAAUUUACUGCUCUAACCCCAUUCUAUACAAACAUUCACCUAUGGCGGGAUCCAAAAUCUCCGUUCGUCAGGGCCUGCUCUUCCUUGUGGGAUCUUCUCAUGGAGAGAACGCGUGGUACGCAAAAAAGUUGUCGGAGACAAACAUUCUUAAGAGGGAAAAGGGCGAGUCAAUGAAGAAUGUGAGAGAUAAGUUUGCUGCUGUCACGAAGGGUAAAAUGGUAACUCAGACUUCCGCGCGUUCUGGCGCCGGCGAAGACCUUGCUAGUGAUUUCGCAAGAGGAUUGAGCCUUGGAGAAGAACCCCGGCGUCGGGCUCAUUUUAUGGACGACCCAGAGGCUGGGAGGAAAAAGCCAGGAUUUUCUGGCUCUAAAAGAAAGUGA